AUGGAACCCAUCAAUCAAGAGAUGUUUGAAUCUAUGCCUCAUGUUACAUGUAAGUCUCAUGGUUCUUAUAUGUUUGAUCUUGGGUUUGGCUUUGGCUUUGAUCCCCUAAGUAAUGAUUUUAAGGUGGUGAUACUUGUGUAUUUUCACGAGCGCUUUGGUUACAGGCUUCCAGCAGAGGUCGAUGUUUAUAUGCUUAGCAUACGGGCUUGGAGAACAAUUGAUACUGUUGCCCCCUCAUAUAACUUGAUGCAAUGUGUUUCGCAUGUUUUUGUGAACCGGGCUUGCCACUGGAUUGGUUUUGAGGCAAUGACGAAGGAAAUAAGGUGCUAUUUGAUAUUGUCAUUCGACAUUGGUAGUGAAGUGUUCCAUGAGAUAAAGCUGCCAAAUUGUUUUGCUAAUGUGUUUAGACUAAUUGCAUCAAUUGCGGUGUAUGAGGAAUCGAUUUGUUUGUUCCAUUAUGAUAGGGAUUGUGGAUAUCUAAGUAAGAAUUGUGAUAUAUGGGUGAUGAAAUAG